AUGACUCGCGCGGCGCGCUCCUGCACGCCCUUCCGCCUGCUCGCGAUCACCGCGCUCUCGCUGCUGCACCUUCGCCUCUUCCUCUCUCGUUACUUCCCCCAGCCCCCCGCGCCCUUCCGCGACUGCCCCGACACCGCCGCUGACGUCUCCGCCUUGCGCUCGGCGUUCCGCAAAUGCCAGGGGGAGCUCGUGCACCGGCGCGUGGCUGCGAGGAGUGCUUAUAACGAUGCCUCGGCGGGCGGGGGGGAUCUCGAUGAGCGCUGGCUCGCAGAGAGCGCGAUCUCCGCCGUGCAUCACGGCGCUGGGGGCGGCGGGGAGGGCGGCGCAGAUUCUCUUUCCGCGGAGUACGCGCGGAGGCGGGACGCGCAUCUGACGCGCUUGCAGGCGGACAGACUCAGCGAAUGCGCCGCAUCUGACGCGGAACUGAAGCAAUUCCUGCGCUUCCAUCCGCACUCCACGUGUCCCGACGACUGGGAGCUAGCCCACCGCCUCCGCUUCACCGACCACUGCCACGUCAUCCCUCCGCGCGCGUGCCUCUCCCGCACCCCCCCUGACCCCGUGAAUCCCCCGCCGCAUCCGGAGGCGCUCUGGACGCCGCUGGACGGCCGCAGCGUGCGGUGGGAGCGCUACGACUGCGCUGACGUGGCAUGCAUCGAGCGCAAACUGGCAGCCUUAGCUGCUGACGCUGCUGCGGACGCUGCAGCUGUAGCGGCUGUAGCGCGAAAGGUCAAUUCGAGCCUGGACCCAUUCCCCUGGGAGAGGCGCGAGGGGGAAGGCAAACAGAAUGAGCGGGGAGGGGGAGGAGCGGACGGGCAGGCGGACAGGAUGGGGGACAAAGAGGGGCAGACCAGUCCCAUGACUCGUGCUGCGAGUGGCAGUGUGGAGGAGGCAGGUGCGAGAGAGAUGUUCCACAUUCGCCAUCUCAUGCGCCUCAAGGGGGGUGGUGUGCGGUUGGGGCUGGACCUGGGCGGCGGAACAGGCCAGUUUGCCGCCCAGAUGGCACUGCACAAUGUGACCAUCCUCACUGUUCAGUCCAACCUGAUUGGCUACCCUGAUGCCUCGCAAUUGCCUUCAGGCCGAACUGCUGGGGACACUACUGCAAGCAGCAUCAGCAGCAGCAGCAUCAGCGGCAGCGGUACGAGCAGUACCAGUGGCAGUGGCAGCAGCAGCAGGGUGGCAGUGCCGUUUCAGGAGGCAGUGGCAUGGCGGGGCCUGGUGGCGGUGGACAUGCCUCUCACAGCGCGCCUUCCCUUCUUCGACGCCUCACUGGACCUCCUCCAUGCCAUCGGCACCGCCGGCCCUGCCCUCCUGCAGGGCGUCGACGCUCUGCCGCCCAGGGACUUCCACCUCGCGCUCUUUGACUGGGACCGCGUGCUGAGGCCGGGCGGCAUUCUCUGGCUGGAAGCGAUAGAGCACAGCGCGGAUGCAAUGCCACUGUAUGAGGCGGCUCUGGAGCGGCUGGCGUAUCGUGUUGUGUUUGUGAGGAAGCUGGAUGCAGUGGUGGGAGGGGUGCCGCACAGGCAUGUGCAGAGACUGUGGGUUUUCCUUGCAAUGCCGCUAGAUCGAUCGUUCGCCACUGCCUCUCAAAAGCCAGUUCCAGGUCCAACCUUUUCCCGCGCGCAGCCCGCCAUGCUCCUGCAGCAGCUAUCGCGCGACCCCGCGCAGCGGGAGGAGCAGCUCGGCGUUUUGCUCCAAGACAGACCCGCAGGCUCCACCCUCCCUGCCUGGCUCCUUGCACACACCAACCCCGCGGCCGCGUUCGCCGUUGCCGCUCUCCGCGCGAGACCAGCAGCAGACAGCGCAUAUCCGCAUGCGCCGCACCAAAGUGACAAUCACGACGCGCAGGUGCUGUUCCGACCGACCGCCAUCCGCGCUCCUCCUAACAGCGGCGCGGAAGAGCCUCGGUCGGACGAGCCUGCGCUUCGAGGGGAUGUUCCCGCGCUCGCGAAGAAGAGGAGGUUCGCGCAAGUGGCGGCGGAGGACGAGGAGGUGAAUAGCAGCCACCGCAAGACGCCGCUAAGCUCACCACCUCGGCCACUCUCGAAACGACCUGCGCUAACCGAAGCCGCACCUCCCGUCGCGUCAAGAAUUCCUCCAAACGAAGAAACCUCGGGGACUCUUGGCGCUUCGCCGAGCGCGCUACAGCCGGAUGCUACACUCAGCCUGGCGGAGCGGCUCUCCCGCUACGACCAGCUAACGUCGUCCCUCCGCUCCUCCCUUCCGCACGGCAACCUGAGCAAGUGGGACGUGGCGGUAGGGCGGCUGCGGGAGCGCGUGGCGCAAAAGCCGGAGUUUGGAAGCAACGUGAACCAGUUCCUCGUGUUCCUGCACAGCCAGCUCCGCGGAUCGCAACAGCCCUCUGCGCGCGCCGCGCUGCACCAGUUCGCCGCGCUCAUGCGCGCCAGGUGCCAGCAGAAGCUGCAGCGAGCGGAAGGUGGUAAUCAGAGCGUGGUUGCGGAAAGCGGGAGCGCUGGGGGCUUGGGUGAUUUGCAUGGUGGCGCGGAGGGGCUUGGUGCUGUGGAAUGCGAUAGAGGAAGUGUGACAGAGAGAAAAGUGGAACUUCAGUGGCUUCUCCGAUAG